CGGCCUCAAACCUGGCCAAGCCACAUUAGACGCCAUUGGUGGUGCUCACAAGCUUCAAUCAUGGCCGCACAACAUCUUGACAGGUAUACGCACCAACAUUUCUCAACUCGAGCCUGCAUUGACGCCAUGCAGACAGUGGAGGUUUCCAAAUGGUCUCUCUCCUCGAACUUGCUACUGUAACCGAAGAAGGCGUCCGCUUCCUCAGUCCUCACGACCGAUCACCCAUGCUCCUCACCCCCGAGCACUCCAUCUCCCUCCAGAACAGCAUCGGCUCAGACAUCAUGAUGCAACUCGACGAUGUCAUUGCGACAACAUCGCCAGAUCACGCUCGUAUCAAAGAGGCCAUGUACCGCAGUAUCCGCUGGCUCGAUCGCUGUAUCGCCGCCCACAAGAAUCCAGAGACUCAGAAUCUAUUCUGCAUCAUCCAAGGAGGUCUGGAUCUUGAGUUGAGGAAACAGUGUUGUAAAGAGAUGGUUAAAAGAGAUACACCUGGCAUAGCCAUCGGUGGGCUGUCAGGCGGCGAGGCCAAGGAAGAGUACUGCAAGGUCGUCAGCACUUGUACGAGUAUGCUGCCAGACAACAAGCCCAGAUAUGUCAUGGGCGUCGGAUAUCCUGAAGACUUGGUUGUUUCGGUUGCUCUAGGGGCAGACAUGUUCGACUGUGUCUGGCCCACCAGAACGGCACGAUUUGGCAACGCCAUCACUUCCACGGGCGUCUUGAACCUGCGUCACGCCUCCUACUCCGAUGACUUCUCACCUGUCGAUCCAGGCUGUAAAUGUACAAUCUGCCGCCCAACCUCCGACGGCGGACUAGGACUCACGCGCGCCUACAUUCAUCACGUUGCUGCGAAAGAAACAGCAGGUGCACAUUUGCUUAGUAUACACAAUGUGCACUACUUGCUCGACCUCAUGCGACGCAUCAGGGAGGCCAUCAUCGCAGACACGUAUCCGGCCUUCUUACGCCAACACUUCUUGACGCUACACGCAGGAGACAAGACAAAAUACCCCACUUGGAUAGUGGAUGCGCUGAGGAGUGUGAAUGUAGACCUUAUGGAAGACUAAAGGAGAUACGAUGAGAGUGUGAUUUGACCAUUCCAACGAGAAUAUGACAUCAAAUCCCUAUGAUCACCCAUUUAGCCUCUUGAUCUCCUUGAACAUCUCCCCAAUACACCCCUUUUCCGCCAGAGGAAUGUUAUCAUGAUCACUGCCCUCUACGACUCUUGCCUGAAACUUGACCUCUUGCCCUGCGUUGCCUUCCCUCCAGCACCUUUCAAAGUACUUUUGUCCCCCUUUUCCUACUAUGACAUCCGUCUCUGCAAAGUAUGCCUGCAUAGUCAAUUGCCUGGUACCUUUUGGGUAUGUUUGUUGCAAGGUCGAGAUGAGUUCGGAUAGGUUUGCGUAAUCACCCCAAUCUUUCCCAUCUUCUUGCAGACAGAAGAGGCAAUCUGCAGAA